AUGGCCCCGUCAAAGGGAUCAGCCAUCGAGGGUGUCCCUUCGCCUCCUUCACAGAGCACCUUCCCCUUCAUGUCUCUCCCUAUCGAGAUUCGACUCAUGUUCUAUGACCUUGAAAUGCCAGAGAUUAUCCAACUUAGCAAUGAAAAGGACUCGCUCGGACUGCCUCCUCUCAUCAGAACUCUGAUGAACAUCAAGAUCAUCCGCGACGACAUGCUCCCUCAUCUCUUUUCGAGAUAUCACUUUGAGUGGGUCGAAGAUGACCAGUGGGCAUGUCCAAGGCUCACCUACGCAUGGAACCGCUUUAAACGCCAAGCCAUCCCAUUCAUCACCAGCCUAAGCAUUCUCAUCGACGACCCCUUCUCACAGCCUUCACGCAACUUUUCCCCCAAGCCAUUGGACGCUCUGCUCAAGUGGAUGCGAUGGCGCAGCUUGCGUUCCCACCUCUUUCCCUGGCAUCUGAGGCAUUUGAAAUUGGCGGCAGCGUGUAUUGUACGUCCAUUUCCUGAGGACUUCUGUGUGCUGCGGGACAUUGAUAGCUUGGACGACAUAAUGAACGAUCUUGGAGCGGCGCCCUUGGCACACCCCUUACCGCCUCCCGCUCCACGACUGGACCCUGGCACUAAGAACUUCCUUCUGAAAUUUUCUGUCAUUCCUAGUCUGAACUCCUUGACGAUCAUACUCAAUGAUCGUCCUGAGGAUGAGGUGGUGUCGGCAUUCCUUCAAAGAUGUGCAGGCAAUGGAAUCGAGGGGAAAAUCGGCUACCGACAAGACGAUGAAGAGGAAGAGGUGUUCGAGUGGUUCGAGCUCCGGGACAACCAGGUCGUCCGCAUCCCUCGGUACUAA